AGCAAGCAAGCAAGCAAGCAAGCAAGCGCAGCUCCAGCCUGCCUGUAUCCAGGGUUGAGGUGGGCGUGAGAGACACACGCAGGCAGGGCUGCAGCUCCGGGCAGGCCUUGGGGGCUCAAGAUGCGGCUCCCCAGGGCGAGUGCUGGGGUCCCGGGGCAGGCGGGCGGCUGGAGCGCUCUCGUGGGCGGGCGCAAGGGGCAGGCUGGGCGGGCGCAGGCGGGAGCGUAGCAGCCGCUCCACUCCGCACGCAGGCAGCAUCGGGGCAGCAGGAGCAGGUGAAGCAGGCGCGGCUCUGCCCCGCGCCUGGUGCCUCCUGGGCACAGGAGUGCGGCCGGGGGCGGGGCCGAGUGGGCCCCGGUACGAACCCUCCGGGAAGCCGGGCGCGCUGCCUGCCCUUGGCCCGGAGCGCAGAGCGUCACACUGGAUCUGGGGAGCAUCCUACCCCCACUGUGGACCUCAGUCUCCUCACCUGAGACAUGGGCGGCCCCAUCCGCACCCUAUAAGCCGCAAGCCAAGGAGAUUCCUGGCCCCCAUCCUGGAUUCACUUAACUACAUCUCCUGGUGGAAGGGCCCUGGGAUCUGCACUUUCAACAUGCUUCUAGAAUGAUUCUGAUGUUUACUGAAGGUUGAGAACUGCAACCCUGUGGGAUUAAUAAUGACUAGAGAAUCUGAGAGGCGUCAUCCCUCAAGUGUAUCACUUAGUUCAAGAGUCCUGGAAUCUUUUCACAUCCACUAUGAACACCUCUCACCUCCUGGCCUUGCUGCUCCCAAAAUCUCCACAAGGUGAAAACAGAAGCAAACCCCUGGGCACCCCAUACAACUUCUCUGAACAUUGCCAGGAUUCCGUGGACGUGAUGGUCUUCAUCGUCACUUCCUACAGCAUUGAGACUGUCGUGGGGGUCCUGGGUAACCUCUGCCUGAUGUGUGUGACUGUGAGGCAGAAGGAGAAAGCCAACGUGACCAACCUGCUUAUCGCCAACCUGGCCUUCUCUGACUUCCUCAUGUGCCUCCUCUGCCAGCCGCUGACCGCCGUCUACACCAUCAUGGACUACUGGAUCUUUGGAGAGACCCUCUGCAAGAUGUCAGCCUUCAUCCAGUGCAUGUCGGUGACGGUCUCCAUCCUCUCGCUUGUCCUUGUGGCCCUGGAGAGGCAUCAGCUCAUCAUCAACCCAACAGGCUGGAAGCCCAGCAUCUCACAGGCCUACCUGGGGAUUGUGCUCAUCUGGGUCAUUGCCUGUGUCCUCUCCCUGCCCUUCCUGGCCAACAGCAUCCUGGAGAAUGUCUUCCACAAGAACCACUCCAAGGCUCUGGAGUUCCUGGCGGAUAAGGUGGUCUGUACCGAGUCCUGGCCACUGGCUCACCACCGCACCAUCUACACCACCUUCCUGCUCCUCUUCCAGUACUGCCUCCCACUGGGCUUCAUCCUGGUCUGUUAUGCACGCAUCUACCGGCGCCUGCAGAGGCAGGGGCGCGUGUUUCACAAGGGCACCUACAGCUUGCGAGCUGGGCACAUGAAGCAGGUCAAUGUGGUGCUGGUGGUGAUGGUGGUGGCCUUUGCCGUGCUCUGGCUGCCUCUGCAUGUGUUCAACAGCCUGGAAGACUGGCACCAUGAGGCCAUCCCCAUCUGCCAUGGGAACCUCAUCUUCUUAGUGUGCCACUUGCUUGCCAUGGCCUCCACCUGCGUCAACCCAUUCAUCUAUGGCUUUCUCAACACCAACUUCAAGAAGGAGAUCAAGGCCCUGGUGCUGACUUGCCAGCAGAGCGCCCCCCUGGAGGAGUCGGAGCAUCUGCCCCUGUCCACAGUACAUACGGAAGUCUCCAAAGGGUCCCUGAGGCUAAGUGGCAGGUCCAAUCCCAUUUAACCAGGUCUAGGUCUUCUCCCUGCCAUGUCCCUUACCAGGCUCUUCCACUUAGCUAAGUGGGCACACUGCAAGCUGGGGUGGCACCCCAGCAUUCCUGGCUUUCUGGGGUCCAGAUAGGCUGGCAAGAGCUGUUUUUGCAUCCAUUUGCAUCGUGAAGACUGGCAUUUUGAUACUUCAGCUGUUUGUUCCUGGGAGAAUUCUGAGCACAGAUUCCAGAGGUCACAGUAAGCCUUGCAGCUUGAGCUGAAAGAUGCCAGAGCCGGAGAUGUCUGCUGGCAGCAGGCAGGGUUCAUUCUGGUGACACAGCAACAGAUGCCUGGCCUGGGAACCCAGGGAUUUCACCUCCACCAGUGAGACCACGGGGCCACUGUGGGGUGAGGGAAGGUGUGCUUGGAGUCAGAGCUCUAGACCUUGGUCAACUCUUCACCUCUGUGAGAGAUGGUGUGUGGAGGCGCUUCAGAAGUAAAGAAUUCUGUGGAUGCAAAGCAGUGGGAUUACUGUUAGAUCAUUAGCGCAUCCAGCUGAAGAGAAUAGAUGCAGUAGUCUUGGCUUACAGCCCUCUGCAGCAGGAAUUCCAGGACUCACUUCCUACUCCAACCCUUUUCUCUAUCACUGUGUCUUCCACCUUACAUGGAAAUCAGCCUGCAAGUUCCUCUCCUCGAUGAGAUGGCAAGCGCCUUGCAGGUGAAAUCCAUAUCAUCAUGGGGCUUGUGUCUUACAUGCCAUGGACAGGCCCUGGCACAAGGAGAGAGCUCCAGGGAAGUUUUCCAUGGUGGGUUGAUGGUAAAGGUGCCACUCACUGCUGAAUGUUUGGUGCUGGACAGGAGUCCAGCAUGGGAAGGGGGCCAGGGCUCAGGCUGCUGCAGCCAUAGUCUCCUGCCUGCCCUUCCUUGCCUCCCAGGACCUCAUUUGAUACAGUAGCUGGACCGAGACUCUGUGGCUCUCCCCACUGUUGACCCACUACAGAGGUCUCCAGAACUCAAGGCUAUGGCUGCAGCCUCCUUCACUCUGUGCUCUGACCACUGAGCUGACUUGCCCCAGAUAAUGUGCCACGUAUCUUUCAAAGCUUCCUCAGGGUAUUGGGCAUCCCAGUGGCCUUAAGUAGGAUCAGGGGCAGGGAGUCCUGGGAGUCUAACUUCAUGGGGCACUGGCUGAAAAAAGCAGGGGUCCGCUUCCUCCAGCCAUCCAGGGAAAAAGGAGAAAGGGCUCCAAUGAGUGUGAAUAUCUUACCUUGGGGGUUAUGGCCUAGUCCUCUGGAUGCUGAACCAGGCCCAAGGCUUCAUCUAUGUGUGGACCAGACAGCCUGUCCUUGCAGGGAAAGAAAUGUCAAGACUGCUCCUGGGCUGCAUUGGAUGGGAUGUCUCCGCAUGGUUCUGUUGGCUCAGACUGACCCUCCAGCAGAGUGGACAGUGGCUGGCCUACUAUAGCCUCCCAGGGCAGGGUAUUCAUGUGCUGGAGCCCUGGAAGAGCCUCAUCAUAAGCCGGCAUAGGUUCUGCAAAGGGGGUCUGGCAUAGGGCUCUCACCCCUGACCAAGAACCGGUGGAACUGACGCCCAAGACAAGUGCUCUUUGAGCCAGCAGCUCCCUUCCUGGAGCUGUUUGUCUUAUCGCUUCUUUUGGUCACAUCUCCCAUUCAGUUCCUUUGUUCAUUUUUGUGUUGGAUUUUGGGCAGAUUUCUUGAGCCACUCUCUUGGACACAGCUUGUGCUUGUCCUGUGGUGCCAUCUGCUGCUGGCUGCUCCAGGUGACCACCUGCCAGCGAAGCCCAGGCUCCGGGACCCAUCUAUUUUGUGAAAAGCCCACAUGCACAAAGCAACCCCCAAAUGCCAAAGGAGCCAAGAGACCAAAGAAGGAAGCAGACAAAUCCAGUUUGUUGGUAUUGAGUGAUUUAUUGAGGGAACUUUUAAGCAGAAGGGCGGUCUCAGGUGGCCACAAGACAGGCAGAUCUCUGCACUGUUACUCUCGGACCCAAGGCUUAUAUACCAAGGGAAAAGGAUAUACAUGCUCCAGCAAGACAGUGAAAGGUAGUGUGCCAGAGCAGGCAAGAACACCAUGUGCAUCAUAGCCCAGAAUUUGCAUGAUAACAUCAAGCUUGCUUUGAUCUAAAAGCAGGAGUACAUAUUCUUACACUCGGGACAGUAAAUAAAGUAGGAGUCAGGAGGCAUUCAUGGGACUGGGGCUAAUCAGAAGUCAACAUGGGCAAAUUAGCAUCCAAGAUGGAGUCACUUUUGUCUUCACAUCACCCCAGAAAGAUGUCAUUGUUCAAGCUUCCCAAGGAAUUGGGGGCCUCAGGCCCCCCUGGAUCCCAUGCAAGUGCCUGGAGUUGCUUCUCAUUAUUAGUCUCGAUGGUGCCAAGAUGCUGGGGACAAAGAUGAUUUCGGGUGCAGACAUGCUUGAGGACGGAGGGCCAGGCUAGGCCUCUGGGGAAAGUGUUUGGUGCUAAGAAUUGGGGUAGUGGGUAGAAGCCUCGUCGAAUGUGUUCUGUGCCCCAGCAUCACCUGGAGCUUGUAGAUAUUCAGAGUCCUUGUUGCCGGCCCAGCUCGAUUGAAUCCAAAUCCAUGUUUUAUCAGGAUCCCAGGUUAAUUGUGUGCACAUUAAAGUUUGAGAAGCUCUGCUCUAAGAAACAGGUUGCCCUGGAGCCUAGAGACACUGGGUAAGCACCUGUAGACACCCAUCCUAGUUCUGGGAACGUCUCUAAAAUUGUUAUUGCUGAAAAGGUGCAUUCAGUUUUGGUUGUCUGUCUCAUCUCUGGCUGCAUGUGGUCAUAUUUUUUGUGAGGCUUUUUCAUUCUUUUGAUAAAUAUUUGCCAUGUGCAUAGUUUGCAUAGAUAUGUUCUUAGUGAACAUGGCUUUUUGUAUUCUGCUCUAUUUCACUUAAAACUGUAUCAUCAACAGUUUUUCAUCUUGCUGGAUAUCUUUUUUUUUUUUUUUUUUGAGAAGGAGUUUCACUCAUGCUGCCCAGGCUGGAGUGUAAUGGCACGAUCUUGGCUCACUGCAGCUUCUGCCUCCCGGAUUCAAGCAAUUCUCCUGCCUCAGCCUCCUGUGUAACUGGGAUUACAGGUGCCUGCCACCACACCCAGCUAUUUUUUUUUUUUUUUGUAUUUUUAGUAGAGAUGGGGUUUCACUAUAUUGGCCAGGCUGGUCUCGAACUCCUGACCUCAGGUGAUCCGCUCUGCUCUGACUUCCAAAGUGCUGGGAUUACAGGCAUGAGCCACCGUGCCCGGCCUAGAUACCAUUUUUGAUGGCCGCUUACAAGUGUAGAAACUGCCCCAGUGAAAGCCAGUACCCCUCAGUAUCUCUAGC